AAGACGGUCCAGUGUUCGUUGAUGGUCCGGGAAAAAAAAUGAGUCUGGUGUUAGCCUCUCCAUCUUCGCUUCUUUCGCCGCCAACAAAUUCCAACGGUCAUCAUCGACAAAUCCUCACUCCUCGCUGCAAUACUUCUCCCUCUUCUCCGAUACGUCGCCGUUACCAUCUCCGCAACCGCUCUCUUCCCUUGCGUUGCAUAAUCUCCCGUAGAGAGUUCACACGCUGCUGCUCAUCAUCAUCAUCAUCCAUGCCCUUCGUGAUCCCCUCUGGAACUUCUCAGUUGCAAGAAAGCUUGUUGUACUCUAGGGCUUACUGGGUUAGUGAAUCUAUAAUUGCUUGGAAUGUGGAUAUUGGAGAUGGUUCCUGCUAUUUAUAUGCAAGCAAAGUUGCUGCUUUAUCUGUUACUGAUAAUGGAAUCCAAGGUGAGGAUGUAAAAAUUCAGCUUGUGGAAGAUAUUCAGGGGCUUCCUGAAAAUGUGAUAAAAAAAUUUCCUCACAUUCAAGAAUACCGAGCUUUUAGAGUACCUUCUGCUUUGGAUAUCAAAUCUCUCCUCAAAUGUCAAUUAGCGGUUGCUACUUUUACUCCUUUUGGCAAUUGCAUCAGUGCUACCGGUUUGCAGUUGCCUGGUGUCCUGGAUGAGUUAUUCUCAUAUGAUGGUCCACUUGGUGCAAUUUUCUCGGAAGAAGAUAUAUCACUUUACCUUUGGGCUCCUACUGCUCAAGAUGUGCGAGCUAGCAUUUACAGGGAUCAAUUAGAUGUGAAUCCUGUGGAAAUCGUCUCACUUGAGGAGAUUAAUGGUGUUUGGAAUACCAAGGGACCAAGGAGUUGGGAAGGCUGUUAUUACGUGUAUGAAGUAACCGUGUAUCAUCCUAGCACCUUGAAGAUUGAAAAUUGUUGUGCAAAUGAUCCAUAUGCUAGAGGACUCUCAUCAGAUGGCCAGCGAACACUAUUAGUCAAUCUUGAUUGUGCUACUUUGAAACCGGAAGGAUGGGAUAACCUAGCAGCUGAAAAACCAAAUAUACAUUCCUUCUCUGACAUUAGUAUUUAUGAGUUGCAUGUUAGGGAUUUCAGUUCCAACGAUGAGACUGUGCCUCCUGAAUUUCGUGGGAGUUAUUUGGCAUUCACAUUGCAGGAUUCAGCAGGUGUACUUCAUUUAAAGAAAUUAUCAAAUGCUGGUAUCACUCAUAUACAUCUCCUGCCAACCUUCCAGUUUGCUGGUGUUGACGACCAAAAGGAAAACUGGAAAAGUGUAGAUACCAAGUUGCUGGAAAAUUUGCCUCCAGAUUCUGUUGAGCAACAAUCUCUGAUUAUGGUGGUCCAAAAUGAUGAUGGAUAUAAUUGGGGGUACAAUCCUGUUCUCUGGGGGGUUCCCAAAGGAAGUUAUGCAAGUAAUCCAGAUGGUCCGCAUCGUACAUUUGAGUUCAGAAAGAUGGUUCAGGCACUUAACCGUCUCGGCCUUCGUGUCGUUCUGGAUGUUGUCUAUAAUCAUUUGCAUGGAAGUGGUCCUUUUGACGAGAAUUCCGUUCUUGAUAAGAUUGUUCCAGGUUACUAUCUGAGAAGGAACAGUGAUGGCUUUAUUGAGCAUAGCACUUGCAUAAAUAACACUGCUAGUGAGCAUUAUAUGGUGGAGCAUUUGAUACUUGAUGAUCUUUUAAGCUGGGCAGUUAAUUAUAAGGUUGAUGGCUUCCGAUUUGAUCUUAUGGGCCACAUAAUGAAAAGUACAAUGGUGAGAGCAAAGAGUGCACUCCACAAGCUAAGCAAGGAGAGGGAUGGAGUCAAAGGUUCAAGCAUCUACAUAUAUGGUGAAGGAUGGGACUUUGGUGAAGUUGCUAAAAAUAGGCGCGGUAUAAAUGCUUCACAAUUCAAUCUUUGUGGGACUGGAAUUGGGAGUUUUAAUGAUCGAAUUCGAGAUGCAAUGCUUGGUGGAUCUCCAUUUGGCCAUCCUCUUCAGCAAGGAUUUGUGACUGGUCUAUUGUUGCAGCCUAAUGGUCAUGACCAUGGCACAGAAAAUAAUCAAGAAGUCAUGCUUGCUGUGGCAAAGGAUCAUAUCCAGGUUGCGAUGGCUGCAAACUUGAGGGAUUUUGUGCUCACCAAUCACAAGGGGAAAGAGGUAAAAGGUUUUGAGGUUUUAACACAUGAUGGGACACCUGUUGCAUAUGCUUCAUGCCCGACAGAAUGUAUCAAUUAUGUUUCUGCACACGACAAUGAAACCUUGUUUGACAUCGUGAGUUUAAAGACUCCAAAGGAACUUUCUGUUGAUGAAAGAUGCCGGAUAAAUCAUUUGGCGACAAGUCUAAUAGCGCUCUCACAGGGAAUACCAUUUUUCCACUCUGGUGAUGAGAUACUGCGCUCAAAGUCCCUUGAUCGUGAUUCGUACAACUCUGGGGAUUGGUUCAACAGGCUAGACUUCACUUACAGUUCUAACAACUGGGGUGUUGGGCUCCCUCCAAAGGAGAAGAAUGAAAAGACCUGGCCAUUAAUAAAGCCGAGAUUGGCUGAUCCAUCCUUCAAACCUCAAAGUACUCACAUCCUCAGUGCUUUGGAGAAUUUUGCAGACGUGCUACGUAUUCGAUAUUCAUCUCCUCUCUUCCGUUUGCAAACUGCAAAUGCUAUCCAGGAAAGGGUACGCUUCCAUAAUACUGGUAUUUCAUGGGUCCCUGGAGUCAUUGUGAUGAGCAUUGAAGAUGGUUAUCAAGGUGUCCCAGGUUUAUCUCAGCUGGAUCCUGUCUACUCAUAUAUUGUGGUUAUCUUCAAUACAUGUCCGACUGAGGUCUCAUUUGCCAGUCCAGCUCUGCGAGCAAGAGCCCUUGAACUACAUCCAGUACAGUUGAUGUCAGCUGAUGAUGUAGUUAAGGGUUCAUCAUACAUUGCAUCUUCUGGGUGCUUCAAUGUGCCACCAAGGACGACAUCCGUGUUUGUCGAACGCCGGGAAACUUGAUCUGCAUGUAUUGGUUCUGCUAAUAGCUUCCAUUAGUAAGGAAUGAAGAUCAAAGAAAACGCUGAUCUGCAAUGAAAUUUAUAAUCUUUCAAGGAUUAUAAUGAUAAGAUAUUAGGCAUAAGUAUGACACACCACUCGCGCACACACCGACACCGAUCUUAUGUGGAUCUAUAUAUAUGAAAUUUGUUUUUAAUGUUUAAUUUUUGCAACAGAGAACAAUUUGCUACCCAUGAAAUGGGCGAGACCAUGUUGUGUUGACAGACUGAGCAUAUAAUGGAGUUGAUGAAUUUUGAGUGGAUUCCCUCCCACGUUUCUGCAA